AUGAAAUUGAAUAUUUUUCUUCCUGCUGUUGCUUUUGCUGGCUGGAAGGGACCUGAAGAGCCAGAUGUUGAUGAUGAAGGAUUGGGGACUUCGAAAAUCGUUGAAUCUUGGGCAGAGACAAAAUGCGGCGCGUGCAAGGAAACCUUACGGCCGCUGAGAAUUAUGCUUCAUAUUCUUCAGGAACCAGAAAAGGACGGAAAUAAAUGGGACGAGAAAAAGCGCGGGCCCUGGAAAACAUCAGAAACUCGACUGAUCCGAAUCAUGGAAGAACUCUGCAAACACGGCGGAAAAGCCGACAAAGCAUGCGCCGCUCUUCUCGAAGCCAACGAAGAAGCCAUCGAAAAAUGGUAUUACGAUGGAAAUGAUCCAGCAACUUGGAUCGAUGAAAUUUGCGUCAAAGCCGCCGGCCACUGUUGUCCUCGAGCGGAUCAGCAGGGGCCGAAUUGCGAGGAAUGCCCAAAAGGAAAGAAUGGAAAAGUCUGCUCGGGAAAUGGGAGAUGCGAUGGAGGAGGAGAUCGAGAAAUAAUCGGGCAGUGCAAGUGCAAUAGAAUCGAUGAUCAAGCAUUCUACGAAGGGGAGACUUGUUCUGAGUGCCCCAGCGACGAUUCUUCUCUCCGAACGUUUUCAUAUUUCUUGUCAAAUGAGGAAAAACUUGACAGUGAAGAACCAAUCUGUCUCAGAUGCGAUAAGGCCUGUAAAGACGGUUGCUCCGCAAAAGGUCCAGAAAACUGCAACGAAUGCAGAGAAGGCUAUGCCUGGCAAAUCGUUGCUUCUCCUGGAGGCAUGAACAUUUCUAGCGACGGAGUUCUUCAGGGUGCGAAGAGAGCCUGCGUUUCUUUGAGCAAACCAAGAACUGUCCUUGAACAAAAAGCUGCUGCAACUGGAACGCAGAAAAUCUUCGACCCGAAUAUCGACAUCAAAGUGGCUCAAGAAAUGAUCAAGGCGGAAUACAAAGCCAAAGAGGAACGUCGUCGACAAGCAGAAGCAGAGAAACUCAAUGUUAAUUCCAAAGAUGAGCUGUGA